AUGGCAAAGAACAUCAACUCAGUCAGCAUCACCGUUCUCUUGUUUGUCCUCUUGGUGGCUUCCACCGAAAUCCUCAAGAGCGAGGCUCAAACAUUUUGCUUCGAGUGCGGACCAGUGCCGUUCCUAGGUACAAAUGCUGAUUGUUUUAACUGUUGCACAACCAAAUACGGGAGUCCUCCAGUCGUUAGUGGCGUUGUUGAGGGAAGUGAGAAACACUGUCAUUGCUAUUGUUGAUCCUUGAAUUAACCUCAUGCAAUCACCCUGUGUAACAUUUAUUUUCUAGAAUUUGACAAAAUUCGAUACAUACCAAAUGAUCGAAUAAUAAAUUAGUAAAUGCUAAACUUUUUUUAUAGAAUUUGGUCAAUCAAAAAAGUAAUACGAGUAAAAAAUCAACAUUAAUUGCUUCUUAAGAUAAAAUGAGAAUAAUUUAGUGCAUAUUCUCCAUUAUUUUAGAGAUAAACCUAA